GGUUACCAGAAUCCAAAUGGCUCUCUUGAAUAGGCAGCUGGGUUUAUCCUUAACCCAUCUAAGCAGUGCAGUGAUCCAGCGGCACUUCAGUGUCACUGGAGCAUGCCAAGCAAUACAGAAGCUCACCCGUGUGCGAGUGGUGGACAACAGCGCCUUGGGGAACACGCCGUACCACCGGCCACCAAAAUGCAUCCACGUGUAUAACAAGACCGGAGUUGGCAAAGUGGGAGACAUGAUCCUGCUGGCUAUCAAGGGGGAAAAGAAGAAGGCGCUAAUUGUAGGGCACAAGAUGCCUGGCCCCGUCAUGACGCCUAGAUUUGAUUCCAACAAUGUGGUACUCAUAGAAGACAACGGAAAUCCAGUAGGGACUAGAAUAAAAACACCAAUACCCUAUAUCCUGCGACGGAGAGAAGGAGAGUUCUCCAAAGUGUUGGCCAUUGCCCACAACUUUGUAUGAAAGUGAAGAAAGGUCUCUGGCAGUCCUGUUAAUAUCCUUUCAUACAGUAGCUGUUCCUUGGUCUUUCUCUAGAAAAUGGUGAAAUGUCAAAAAGUUGAGGUUCAUCAAGAAUCCCUCUUCCUGUUUAAGAAUUACAAGCAAAUAGUUGAAAUACCUUAUUUUUCUCCAAAGGAAGGUUGAUUUAUUUCACAGAACAUCUGCAGUGUGUUUGGGAAACGGUCCUUCACCCUUACUGCUCCAGUGGUGUUCAUUUGGUUUGUAAUCAUUAAAAUGAGAACAUGAAAAUC